GUUUGUACUCUGUACUACGAGAUCAAUAGGGUUGAUUUGGUCAUUUGAAGCUCAAAAUUUCACACGAUUUACCCGAGUAAAGGUUAUGGGUAUAUGAUAAAAAAUUCAAAAAUGAGAAAACCCACACAAAACGUUAAAAAUUCACUUGCUGCAUGCUCCUCCUGGCUAUAACACAAGAAAGCGGAGCCCUCACAAAUCAGACACCACUCUCUUUCUACAGACGCUUGUAAAACCCUCUUCUCUCUCUUCUCUCCUCAAUUUCGCCAUCGAUCGAUAAAGAUUUGAUGAUGGAAGAAAAUCCUUCACCAGCUGUUUUGGAAGGGAAGAUUACCGGAAUAAGUUUCUCAUUGGCCACUGAAGACGAGAUUCGUAAAGCUUCCAUUAGUGAUUGCCCCAUUAGCCAUACGAGCCAGCUGUCCAAUCCGUUUCUUGGACUUCCCCUCGAAGUGGGAAGAUGUGAAUCUUGUGGCACAGCUGAACCUGGCAAAUGUGAAGGUCAUUUUGGGUACAUCGAGUUGCCGAUUCCGAUAUAUCAUCCAUCUCAUCUUAAUGAGCUCAAGCGUAUCUUGAGUUUAAUAUGUCUCAAGUGUUUAAAGUUCAAGAAUCGAAGGUUGCCAAACAAGACUGCUGGUAUGUUUGAAAAGGUUUUGACUGGAUGUUGCGAGGAAACUGCAAAUGUAACUGUGGAUGUGGUACAAAAACAAGAUGGAGCAUCUUACUUACAGCUUAAAGUUCCAUCUAAAACAAGUAGAGAUGGGUUAUGGGAAUUUCUUGAACGUUAUGGUUACAGAUAUGGUGAUGGAAACAAGAGACCUUUACUUCCAUCUGAGGUGUUAGUGAUGUUAAAGAAAAUUGACAAGGAUAAGGCAACUAAAAAGAAGUUAGCUGGGAGGGGAUGUUUUUUCCAGGAAGGGUAUAUCAUGCAACAUCUUCCCAUCCCUCCAAAUUGUCUUUCAACACCAGAUGUCUCUGAUGGCAUCAAUGUUAUGUCUUCGGAUAUUUCAAUGACGAUGCUUAAAAAAGUUUUGAGACAAGUGGAAAUUAUUAAGAGUUCCAGAUCUGGGAUUCCAAACUUUGAGUCUCUUGAAGUCGAGGUUAAUGAUCUGCAGAAUGCUGUAUCGCAAUAUCUUCAAUCAAGGGGUGCUAAGGCCUCCCCCAACAAAAAUAUACGCUACGGAAUUGCAAAAGAACUGAACGACUCUUCUUCAACCAAAGCAUGGCUUGAGAAAAUGAAAACUCUUUUCAUAAGUAAAGGAUCAGGGUUUUCUUCCAGAAGUGUCAUAACAGGUGACCCAUACAAAGGUGUGGGCGAAAUAGGAAUACCAUUUGAGAUAGCUCAGAGAAUAACAUUUGAAGAAAGGGUAACUGAAUACAACAUGAAGUUCCUUCAGAAGUUGGUAGAUGACAAGUUGUGUUUAACAUAUAGAGAUGGCAAUAACACAUAUUCUUUAAGAGAAGGGUCAAAGGGGCACACGUUUUUGAAACCAGGACAGGUUGUUCACAGAAAGAUUAUGGAGGGAGAUGUGAUCUUUAUCAAUAGGCCACCCACUACCCAUAAGCAUUCGUUACAAGCUUUAUCGGUUUAUAUCCAUGAUGAUCACACCUUCAAGAUUAAUCCUUUAAUCUGUGGGCCAUUGAGUGCUGAUUUUGAUGGAGAUUGUAUUCACAUCUUUUACCCUCAAUCCCCAGAAGCAAAAGCUGAAGUUUUGGAGCUUUUUGCAGUUGAAAAGCAGCUUUUGAGCUCACACAGUGGAAAUGUAAACCUGCAGUUUGGGUCUGACUCUUUGUUAUCUCUUAAAACUCUGUUCAAGAAAUUCUUUUUCAAGAAAUCAGAAGUCCAACAGCUGGCAUUGUUCACAUCAAGUACUUUGCCCAAACCCUCAAUGUUAAAAGUCCGGGGUGCUGGCCCAUUUUGGACUGUUUUGGAGCUUCUGGAAACAUCUUUACCUCCGGGAUUCGAUUGCUCUGGGGAACGCUUCUUGAUCAAAGACAGCAAAAUAUUGAAGCUGGAUUACAGUCGGGAGGUGAUACAGUCCAUCAUCAAUGAUGUGAUCAGUUCGAUUUUUUUCACUAAAGGCCCAAAAGAGGUGUUGAAGCUGUUUAACUCGUUGCAACCGAUGCUAAUGGAAAAUCUUUCCGGUGAGGGAUUUAAUCUAAGUUUGGAGGAUUUUAUUGUCCCGAAAAGUAUAUUGAGAGAUAUCGAAAUCGAGCUUCAAGAUUUAUCUUCUUUGCUAUAUCAUUUGAGAUCAACCUACAACGAGGUGAUUGCGUUACAGCUUGACAAACAUCUGAGGGCAGUAAAAUCGCCAAUUUCUGAAUUUAUCUUGAAGUAUUCAUCGAUGGGUAGUUUGAUCGAUUCAAAGAGCGAUUCUGCUGUUACAAGAAUCAUCCAACAAAUUGGGUUUUUGGGACUACAGAUUCUGGAAAAGGGGAGGUUGUAUUCAAGAACUUUGGCAGAGGAUUUAUCGAAACAUUUUCGCGGGAACUAUCCGUUUCCAGAGAAAUACCCAUCUGAGGAGUUUGGGUUAAUCCGGGGCUGCUUAUUCCAUGGGCUUGACCCGUAUCAGGAAUUGGUGCAUUCUAUUUCAAACCGUGAAGUUAUGGUGAGGUCUUCUAGAGGGUUGACUGAACCCGGAACUUUGUUCAAAAACUUGAUGGCUAUUCUUCGUGAUGUUGUAAUCUGUUAUGAUGGGACUGUGAGAAAUGUGUGUAGCAAUUCAAUCAUACAGUUUGAAUACGGGGUCCAUACACAGAAUUUGUUUGCUGCUGGUGAACCGGUCGGAGUAUUGGCGGCAACGGCCAUGUCAAACCCUGCAUACAAGGCGGUUCUUGAUUCUUCCCCAAAUAGCAACUCCUCUUGGGAUAUGAUGAAGGAGAUUCUGCUUUGUGGAGUGAAUUUCAAGAACGUGCAUAAUGAUCGUCGGGUGGUACUGUAUUUGAAUGACUGUGAUUGUGGCAAUAAGUAUUGUCUUGAGAAGUCUGCAUAUUUUGUGAAAAAUCAUUUGCGAAAAGUCAGCCUUAAAGAUACUGCUGUUGAAUUCCUUAUAGAAUUCACAAGACAGCAAACAAGUGAAAAUGCUGAAAUUGGUGCAGGACUUGUUGGUCAUAUUCAUCUGAAUCAGGCAAUGUUGAAAGAAUCCAAUAUUAGCAUGGAAGAGAUUCUUGUGAAAUGUGAAGACACCCUGAAUAUCUACCGGAAGAAGAAGAAAGAAGUUGGAUUAUUGUUCAGGAGUAUAGCUUUAUCUUGCGGUGAAUGUUCGUUCCACCAAUCAUCAGAAAACAAAUGGAUGCCAUGCUUGAAAUUCUUUAGGCAGGACACUGGUGGUCUUCAAUUGGAGAAGGCCGCUCGCAUACUUGCUGACUUUGUUUGUCCUGUUCUUUUAGAUACAAUUAUAAAAGGCGAUCCGCGGGUGAAAGAAGCCAAUAUCAUUUGGAUCGGUCCGGAAUCAACUGUUUGGAUUAGAAAUCCAAAUAAGGAUCAAAUGGGUGAAUUCUCUAAUCCAAAUAGGGACAAAAAGGGUGAAUUCUCUAAUCCAAAUAAGGAUCAAAAGGGUGAAUUGGCGAUUGAUGUGGUUCUUGAGAAGGCAGCUGUUAAGAAAAGCGGGGAUGCAUGGAGAACAGUGAUGGACACCUGCCUUCCUAUAAUGCAUCUGAUCGACACUACACGAUCCAUUCCUUAUGCAAUUAAACAAGUUGAGGAUCUUCUUGGUACAUCUUGUGCAUUUGAGCAAGCUGUCCAGCGCCUCUCAACCUCUGUUUCAAUGGUUUCCAAAGGCAUGCUGAAAGAGCACCUACUUCUAUUGGCGAAUAGCAUGACGUGUGCAGGAACUCUUGUUGGUUUCAAUCAAGCUGGCAUAAAGGCCUUGUCCAAAACCCUUAAUUUCCAAGUACCAUUUUCCGAAGCGACAUUAUAUACACCAAAACGCUGUUUUGAGAAGGCGGCUGAGAAGUGCCAUUCUGAUUCUUUAUCCAGCAUUGUGGCUGCAUGUUCUUGGGGCAAACCAGUUGCUGUGGGUACAGGAUCUCGGUUUGAUAUACUGUGGGACACAAGAGAGGUUGAACUUAACCAAAAGGAUGGCAUUGAUGUAUACAACUUCCUUCAUUUAGUACACGGUGGAUCAGAAGAAGAAGCUGAUAAUGGAUGUCUUGGUGGUGAGGUUGAUAGUUUUGACAUGGAGGAUAAUUUCAUGGAAGCAGGGUCUCCCGAGCAUGAUUCGGGUGCACCUAAAGCAGUUUUUGAGGACACUUUGGAACUAAAUCUUGGUCAAAUGGAGACUGCAGCUCCUGAAGAUGGGAACUCCGGUGGCGGCUGGGGGGCAGCUGUGAAGAGUACACCACCUGAAAGUGGCAGCGGCUGGGGGGCGGCUGUGAAGAGUACACCAGCUGAAAGCGGCAGUGGCUGGGGGGCGGCUGUGAAGAGUACACCACCUGAAAGCGGCAGCGGCUGGGGGGCAGCUGUGAAGAGUACACCACCUGAAAGCGGCAGCGGCUGGGGGGCGGCCGUGAAGAGUACACCACCUGAAAGCGGCAGCGGCUGGGGGGCAGCUGUGAAAACUACACCUACGACUGAAGGUAGCAGUGGUGGAUGGGGGGCGGCUGUGAAGAGUACACCUACGACUGAAGGUAGCGGUGGCUGGGGGGCAGCCGUGAAGAGUACACCUACGACUGAAGGUAGCGGCAGCUGGGGGGCAGCUGUGAAGACUACACCUACGACUGAAGGUAGCGGUGGCUGGGGGGCGGCUGUGAAGAGUACACCUACGACUGAAGGUAGCGGCGGCUGGGGGACAGCCGUGAAGACUACACUAAUAAGUGAAGGCGGCAGUGGUGGUGACUGGGGGAGUGAGAAGGAGAAGGGAUCAGGGUGGGGUAAAAAAGCGGAAGAACCUGCAUGGGGCGGGAAGAAACCGGAUUCGGACGCUGGGGCAGGAUCAGAAUCAGCUCCAUGGGGUAAAAGAGAGGAAACUGCUUGGGGUAAGAAAGUUGACAGUGGGGGUUCAGCUGCCGCCUGGGGUAAAAAAGAUGGCACCGGGGACUCAGCUCCAUGGAGCAAAAAAGCUGACACUGGCGGUUCAACUCCAGCUCCAGCUCCAUGGGGUAAAAAAGCCGACACUGGGGGUUCAACUCCAGCUCCAUGGGGUAAAAAAGAUGACACUGCUUCAUGGGGUAAAAAAGCUGACCCUGGGGGUAUUGGUUCAGCUCCAUGGGGCAAAAAAGAUGACAACGGAUCAGCUCCAUGGGGCAAAAAAGAUGACACUGGGGGCUCAGGCUCAGCUUCAUGGGGUAAAAAAGCUGACACUGGGGGUAUGGGUUCAGCUCCAUGGGGCAAAAAAGAUGACACCGGAUCAGCUCCAUGGGGUAAAAAAGAUGACACUCCAGCCCCAUGGGGAAGAAAGGAUGUUAAAGCUGACGAGCCUGGUCAAGUGGAAGAGUCUCAGUGGGGUAAAAUAGAGUCCUCUGGUUCCUGGGGCAAAUCAGUACAAAAGCCUGAUUCCGCUCCGAAAUGGGGUGGGAAUAAUAAAAGCGAGGAGGGGUUGGAUUGGAGUAAAAAGGUGGAGGAAAAAACAGAAUCCAAGGAUGGAUGGGGUUCUCAAAGUCAAUGGGGUGCAAAGAAUCCUGAAGGGGGGUCAUCAGAAGACACCACCGCCGAAGGCGAGAAACCAGCAGGAGCUUGGGGAUGGAAUCGGAAACCCGAGCAGAAACCGGAUCAGGGACAGGGUGGCUGGAAAAAGAAGGAAGGGUGGGGGCCAAGGAGAGACCGGCCUGCUCGGCCAGCUGGCGGGCCAAAUGACGGGCCAAGGCCCGGUGGGGGACCGUUCACUGCAUCUCGUCAAAGGCUGGAUCUGUUUACUUCAGACGAACAGGAGAUUCUCGCUGAUAUUGAGCCCAUCAUGCUUUCUAUUAGGAGAAUCAUGAGCCAAGAGGGAUAUAAUGAUGGCGAUCCUUUGUCUGCUGAAGAUCAAACAUAUAUCCUUGAAAAUGUAUUCAACCAUCAUCCAGAAAAAGCUCAGAAAAUGGGAGCUGGGAUCGAUUACGUCAUGGUGACGAAGCAUACGCUUUUCCAAGACAGCAGGUGUCUUUUCAUAGUGUCAACAGAUGGGCGGAAAGAGGACUUCUCUUACAGGAAGUGUUUGGAGAACUUUGUUCGUGGAAAAUAUCCGGACAAAGUGGAUGAAUUCAUGUCAAAAUACUUCAAGAAGCCUCAACCUCGGCCACCAAGGGAACCACGCCCCCCUGGCCCAGGUCAAGAUGAAGCCAUCGGGACCCCUAAUUCCCAAUCUCAGUCUGGAUGGAAACGGGGGGAUUCCAAUGAUGAAGGUGGCACCCAGACCCCUCGCUCCCAGCCAGGAUGGAACCGGGAUUCCGGUAGUGAUGCCGGAACACCCCGUUCUCAAUCACAAUCUCAAUGGGGAGGGAGUGAGGCAGGAACACCUGUUUCUGGUUCUGGAUGGAAGAAGGAGGCAGAAGGCGGAGGAGGAUGGAACAAAGGAGGUGGAGGAGGGGGUUGGGGGUCCUGAGAGUGAGAGUGAGAGUUGAUUUGAAUUUGGGGUUGGAAUAUUUGUAACCCUGUAGGUUAGGUAAUGUAGGAGGGUAGGGUGCUGGCUUUUGCUUUUUUAAUCUCUGGUGCACAGCAGACAGUAGUAGUAAGGAAAGGAAAGGUUUUGGUGGAAUGAAUGACAUGAUGGGAUGUGAUGUGAUGUGAUAAAUAUUUUGGAUGAUUAGUUUGUUUCAUCUGCGAUUUGUGAUGUGUGUGUAUGGUACUUAAUGCAGAUGCAGAUGUAUGGGUAAUGGGUGUGUUAUUGAUCAUUGUUAUUAUAGAUUCUAUCAAUGGGCAUCUGUUUGUUUCUUCACAUUCCAAAAAUCCAUUUCUUCUUCA